AAUCCACUAAUCCCUCACCAUCAAAGAACUUAGCUAUUGCUUUCAUGAAAGCACUUCAUCAAUGGUGUGCCUCUUUAAGACACAAGUUGUAGUUUAAAUUAGUGUAUACACUGCCCUUUGUCUUAUGUUGAUCAUACUAUGUUUUCACUUGCUAAAUAGAUUCAUGGGUUUGGUCUUAAAAUGGGGAUUAAUCAAAGAUUAUACAUGAUAAUGCAAACCCCAUUUUUGGUGUCAAGAAGCAACAUUUCAUUAGACCCUAUUGCUGGUUUGCUAAAAAAGUGCUUAAAGUUUAAAGCUUUAAGAGGCGGGAAGCAAGUUCAUGCUUGGUUAGUUACUAGAGGGACUGAUUUGAGAAUAUUGUCACUGAAUUCAAAGCUUGUUGGCAUGUAUGCAAGUUGUGGAGACGUAAAGUCUGCAACUUUAGUCUUUAAGAGGAUCCGAAACCCAAAUGUUUUUGCAUUGAAUUGGAUGGUUUUAGCCUCUGCAUUUGAAGGGUAUUACAAAGAGGCUACAGGGUACUUUUGUUCAAUGAAAGAUUCAGUUUUUAUUUACAAUAAGUAUACUUUCUCUAUUGUUUUGAAAGCUUUUGUUGGUUUAUUGGAUUUGAAUAAGGGAAAGGAGGUUCAUUGUAUGGUCAAACAAUUGGGUUUUGAAAGUGAUGUUUGUGUGGCUAAUGCUUUGGUGGAUAUGUAUAGUAAAUGUGGGUGUAUUGGUUAUGCACGUACAGUGUUUGAUAGAAUGGCGAAUAGAGAUAUUGUUUCUUGGACUUCGAUGAUUUCUGGUUAUUGUAAUGUAGGGAAGAUUGAGGAAGCUCUUGUUUUGUUUGAGAGAAUGAAGUUGGAGGGAUUGGAACCGAAUGAUUUCACGUGGAAUGCUUUGAUUUCCGGUUAUGCUAGGAGAGGAGACAGUGAUGGAGCAUUUUCACUUUUGUCAAAGAUGACUAGAGAAGGGUUGGUUCCUGAUUUGGUUACUUGGAAUGCAAUGAUUGCAGGUUUUGUUCAGGGGGAGAGAGCUGGUGAUGCUUUUAAGUUGUUUCAGGACAUGUUGGUUUUAGGGGUUAAGCCUAAUCCUGUGACCGUUGCAGGAUUGCUACCAGCAUGUGGGAUGAUUAGUUCAGUACAAAGAGGUAGAGCGAUUCAUGGACUGGUAUAUAGAUUGGAGUUUGAUAUUAGUAAUGCAUUUAUUGCUAGUGCUCUUAUUGACAUGUACUCAGAGUGUGGCAGUUUCAAAGAAGCUAGAACUGUAUUUGAGAAGAUACAUAACAAAAAUGUUGCAUCAUGGAAUGCUAUGAUUGGAUGCUACGGCAAGCAUGGCAUGGUGAACACGUCAAUACAGUUGUUUGAGAGAAUGCAUGGAGAAGGAAUUCAGGCAAAUGAUGUGACUUUGCUUUGUGUUCUUUCUGCUUGUAGCCACAGUGGUUAUGUUGAGAAAGGGUUGGAAAUUUUUUGGUCCAUGAAAGAGAGGUACAUGGUUGAUCGCAAGAAAGAGCAUUAUGCUUGUGUUGUUGAUAUGUUGUCUCGUUCCGGGAGGCUGGUAGAUGCCUAUGAAUUAGUGAAGGAAAUGCCAAUAGAAGUCACAAAAUCAAUUGCUGGAGCUUUCUUCAAUGGAUGCAUGAUCCAUGGAAGAAGAGAUUUGGCUGAAAAGAUGAUAGAUGAUGUUACAAGAGGGGACUUGCAAAAACCUGGAUCAUUUGCGAUGCUGUCAGCUAUUUAUGCUACCAGUGGAGAAAGGAAAGAGGUUCGCAAUAACACGAAGAAGAUCGAGAAAGAAAGGAAAGCGCAGAAGGAGCCUGCCUGUAGUCAGGUUGAGGAGAAGGACGAGUUUGUUGGAGUUGAAAUAGAGAAAGAAAACAAUGAAGUGAGCAUUAAAGCAGGUUAGAGGAGCAGAGGAAGCUGAUGAAGACUCUAAAGAAGUACACAGAGAUGGAGUUGGGAUAUAUACUGGCAUUGAUUCCUAAUGUUUGGUGGAAGUUACCAAAUAGGGUCAGUGUUCUGAACAUCCAAAUGUAGCCUUUGUAAGUAACAAAUCUUUCUAGAAACUACUGAGCCAUAACUAAUAACCAAAGCUUUUUUUUUUUAGGGUUUUGUAUUUCUCAUGAUUCUUUAAUUACUUGAAAUUUCAUAUACCUUGCAGUUUGUAAUCUUUCCUUUGAACAUCUGAUCAGGAAGGCCUUGAAUGUUUUAUUGUAA